CAACUGGUUACAUUAGACCUUGAUUCUAAGCCGACCACAAUUCUCUGUCAAAUGGGGGAUUUUGGAUGCGGAGAUGGGGGAUGGACGCCUGUAAUGAAGACUGACGGCACCAAGGCAACGUUUCACUAUGACGCUCACUACUGGAGUGAUAAAAACGAAUACAACGUCCCCGGCGGAAGGACUGGGUUCGAUUCAGAAGAGACCAAGUUACCGACCUAUUGGAACACACCUUUCUCCAAGAUCUGUCUCGGUAUGAAGAUCAGUGGACAGCUCAGGUUUAUUGCCUUUAACAGGGAGGCAAACUCUCUGCACUCACUGAUUGCUGACGGAACCUACCGCGCUACUUCAUUGGGUCGAAACGAGUGGAAGAAAUUGAUUGGCGCGGAGGGUUCUUUGCAAUUGAAUUGUAACAUGGAGGGCUUCAAUGCUGUGGGUGACGCAAGUGAUCUUUCAAGAGCAAGAAUCGGUUAUAUCGCUAACGACGGUCAAAACAACUGUGACACUUGUGAUUCCAGAAUUGGGUUUGGAGGUGGAGGAAAUCCCGAUGACUCCAAUACGUGUGGAAACGCAGCAUCAUAUUUCCCAGAUAAUGGUGACAGAAAUAUCAAAGCCAUAGGAUAUAUUUUGGUGCAGUAAACUCUUUCAAUCCAUGUAUGACCUUAGCUGGAACUUGCAAAGAACGGGGGAGGGGAGGUAAGGGUUCUGAAAGAAAAAGCCCUUUUCCAUCUUUCUAUCCCCUCCCCCAUAUUUCCUCAAUCGCUCGAGUGAGAACUUGCUAAGCAGACUAGAGAUCACUUGCCGUCUCCUUGACAAAUAGAUUCUAUUUACCAUGAUAAGCGUAGUAAAACUAAAAAAUAGCAUUAUUCUUCCCCGCUUUAAGGGCAAUCAAGUUUACUCGUAUUGCUGAUAUUUUCAUUUUCGUAAUUACCAGUCCGGAAUCGUUAUCAAAUUUGAUAACCCCUUGACGUUGCAACACGUCGACAAUUUCAGAAAUAGAAGACUUUCGUAUCAACUUCGAAAUGUUCGCUGUUUCCCCUUUAUUCGCCAUUUUUACGUUGAUCGGGGGAAUGGGUCGAGUCAGUAGGCGCAAGACACGCUGGGGCGACUUUAGGGGGACGCGUUUCAAGAUGGCGGCGAAGAAGGAAAGCGUUGGUGACACAAUAACGCUUACUGAACAAGAUAUUCCUGGAGCAGAGCUCCCAAAGCCCCCUAAAAAUUGCAGGGGGGCAAUAUUAAAACGUUGGUUGACCUGCAGAGGAGCGAAAUUUUCGGGUACAAGGAAUUAAUUCAUCAAAAGGUCAGUAUUUUGUCGAACUACUAUCAUAGUAUGUACCAAAAAUUAUAUCGGAAAUCAGUGAAUAGAUACUGUUCAUCGCGUUUACUGAAGAUGGCGGUCAUCAAGGAGUGAUAGAAACAAAAUUUUGGGCAGAGUAGUAGUAGGGCAGUUAAAUGAAACGUUUGAUUAAAGUAUGUUUUUCAACUUUGCCUUAAAUUUUAGGUUGGUAAAUGAAUUUUUUGGAGUCAAAAAAAAUUAUGGAGCUGAUCUUCAAUCUACUUUCUUUCGAUGUGACUGUUAUUUAUCGUAAUGCAAACGGCAGGAAAAAAGUGCAUUGGGUUGGUCUUGAGUUUAGUCUAACUCAGUCGCCAACCGCCAUUUUGUGUUUUCGCCGAUGCUUUUAAUCUUUCUGUAUAUUAUUCGAACAUUUUUUAGUCUAAUUAACGAUCUAUUACUACUGUACUAUACUUUGUAGUUUGUAAGGAA